UUUCUUUCAUGGCUUUGGACAUGGAAUCCUACGCCAAGUUAUUCUUGCUCUGGCUUCUUACAUUCCUCCUACUCGGAUCUUUCUUCAAGCGCUAUGUGAAUUAUCGAACAGCGCGCCUUCCACCGAGCCCACUAGCUCUUCCAAUAUUGGGCCAUCUCUAUCUGCUUGGACCACUCAUCCAUCGAUCCCUCCACCACCUCUCCAAGCGUUAUGGCCCACUCAUCCACCUACGCCUCGGAACUCUUGGAUCCGUUAUCGUCGUCUCCUCACCCAAGAUGGCUAGAGAAUUCCUUAAGGCCCAUGAUCUCAAUUUCGCGUCUCGGCCCCACUUAGUGGCACAAGACUAUGUCCCCAAUGCCUGUACAGGAUUCGCGUUCGCUCCAUACAGUCCAUACUGGAAGUUCAUGAAGAAACUAUGUGUCUCUGAGCUCUUCUCAAGCAAGAAAUUAGACCAAUCGAUGAAGAUUCGGCAAGAGGAGAUUCGUUCGCUGUUGGGCCAUUUCUUCGAGAAGUCUAGAUAUGGAGAGCAGGUCGAUAUUAAGGGGACACUUACUGCUCUAACGAACAACAUCAUAUGUAGGAUGGUUAUGAGCAUGAGGUGCUCAGGUAGUGAGAACGACGCCGAUGAGUGUAGGAAGCUGGUGGAGGAGGUUGUGGAGAUGGGUGGGAGAUUGAAUUUUGUUCAUAUAUUGCAUUCAUGGAGGUAUUUGGAUUUGUUCGGGUACGGGAAGAGGCUAAAUGUUGCGUAUGAGAGGUUCAUGGACAUUAUGGAGAAGAUCUUGAAGGAGCAUGAGGAGAAGAAGAUGAAGAAAGAGAUGGAUGGUGUCGAUGGGAUCGAUGAGGACUUGAUGGACACUGUGAUCAAGAUUACUCAAGAUGAAACCGCAGAGUUGAAAUUAAGUAGAGGCAGUCUUAAAGCUUUCUUUCUGGAUCUCUUCAUUGGUGGGACCGAAACUUCGUCGACGACCAUGCAAUGGGCCCUCUCAGAGCUCAUCCGCCAUCCUGAUGUACUCAAGAAGGCUAGAGAAGAGAUCGAGUCAAUCGUCGGGAAAGAUCGACUCGUUGAAGAAUCAGACAUUCCCAAUCUCCAUUACAUUCAAGCAAUUGUAAAAGAAACUCUAAGGCUUCACCCAACCGUUCCUCUCAUCCUAAGAGAAAGCAUUCAAGACUGCAACAUAGAAGGCUUCUCCAUACCCCACAAAACCAAGAUUUUCAUUAAUGUUUGGGCUAUUGGAAGAGACCCCGAAUAUUGGAAAAGCCCACUUGAGUUCCAACCAGAGAGGUUCUUAAAUUCAAACAUGGUGAGUAGCCAAUCUGCCAUCGAUCUCAAAGGCCAGAACUUCGAACUUAUACCAUUCGGGAGUGGAAGGAGAAUAUGCCCUGGGAUAUCUCUUGCAUUGCAUGUGAUACAUGCGACGAUUGCUGCCUUGGUUCAGUGCUUCGAUUGGCAGUAUGAUGGAUCAAUGGGCCAGUCUAAGAUUGAUAUGAAGGAGAGUGUGGGAUUAACGCUACGGAUGGACGGUCCGUUGUAUUACAUUCCCACCACCCACCGUAAUCCAUUGGCUACUUCAACUUAGAACAUGCAAUCAAGUUGGUUUUGUGCUUUAGCUCUCAUGUGGCAUGAUUGAGGAUUGAGAUAUGGCUUUGGCAAGAAGGUGGUCUCAGAACAGUAGGAAGAAAAAUGUGGACCAAAAAUAAUGGAAGGAAACGCAUUAAAAAUAAUCACGAUUGAGGACAUCCAGUUUCAUACUGAAAAAAAGGAGAUUAGGCUUGUAUUCUUGACUUAAAAUUGUAGGAAGUGUUGAGAUUGAGAAUGUUUUGGAUAGCUGUGUUGUGCUGUCAUGUGUUAUAUUAUUGCAAUGAUUACAAAUUACAUUACCUAUUU